AACCCUCGGUCACCACCAGCAGGAUCAGGAUCAUCUGUCACCUCCUCGGCAAUAACAACAACAACAUCAAGUUUAGUGUUAUCUGAAAUCUCUGGGUCCAAAUACAAAGCCUUAAUUGAUGGUAAAGUUGAACUACCUUGUAACAUUUCAUCUUCGACCUCUAAUGAUGCAGUGACCACCAUUUUCUGGUAUAAAGGUGAUACCCAAGGUUCACCCAUUUAUACAGUCGAUGCUCGUAAUUCAAGUUCAAACCUUACAACCGCCAAUAGGUUUACAAGUGAUUAUCUAAAAGGUAGAGUUUCGUUCAACAUUACCGUCCAAUUUGCAUUCCUAAUAAUCAAACCAGUUCGAGAGGAGGAUAAUGGUGCAUAUCGAUGUCGAGUUGACUUUCGUUGGUCAAGAACCAUAAACACAAUCGUUUAUCUUGAAGUUAUCGUUCCAGCUAAAAAGUUGAUUAUAACUGAUGAAACAAACAAUCAAAUGAUUGAUUCACUUGGAGCCUCUUAUGGUGAAGGAACCAGUUUAAAAUUAAAAUGUAUUGCCUAUGGGGGCAAACCAGCUCCUUCUGUCCACUGGUAUCUAGAUGAAAAUUUACUGGACGAUACAUUUACUUCAAAAAUAACGGAAGAUGGCCUAAUCUCAAUCAAUGAGCUGACCAUUCUAAAACUGGGACGAUCUCAUACAAAUAAACUUUUAUCUUGUAAAUCUUUCAAUACUAAUUUAACUCAAUCAAUUAACAAUUCGCUAACUUUAGAUAUUAAUUUAUAUCCUUUAUACGUAAAAAUCAUAUCAAUUAAACGACCAUUAUCAUCAAGUAAAUCAACAGAGCUUCAAUGUGAUUCAAAGGGAUCACGUCCUGGAGCCAAGAUUACCUGGUAUCUAAAUAAUAAACUGGUCACUUCAUCAAGAGAGAUGAAUUCGGAAACCAAUGGAUCAAUUAGUAGCUCAAGUAUAUUAAAACUGGUGCCUUCCCCAUCCGAUAAUGGAGCCUUGUUAUCAUGUAAAGCUGAAAAUCCUCGCCUUUUAAAUAGUUCAAUUAAAGAUGAUUGGAUUCUCAAUAUAUACUAUAAGCCUAAUGUUAAACUUGUCUCAAGAUUAAUAAAUCAUCAAAGUGAGAUUAAAGAGAAUGACGAAAUUAUCUUUGAAUGUAUUAUCGACUCUAAUCCAGGGAUUAAAGAGAUUGGGUGGACAUUCAAUGAAGUACCUCUUAAAGUUGAUGAAAGUAAAGGAAUAAUCAUUGAUAAUACAACACUCGUUAUCAAAGUUGCUGAUAAAAGUCACUCAGGUGAUUAUUCAUGUUACGCUUUCAAUAUUGAAGGUAAAGGAUCCAGUAACAGGGUAACCAUAAAAGUUAAUCAUUCUCCGGUUUGUGUUAAAGAUCAAAAAUCGAUUUAUAUCGUUGGCUUAGGUGAGACUAUUCGAGUUUCCUGUUCCAUUGAAGCUGAGCCCGGUGUUACUGAAAUCAUUUGGAAAAUAAAUGAUACUCAACUUGAGAAAGUUUAUCCCAGCUCAGAAUCUUCAUCAUCCAAACCUUCAUUAUCAUCUCUAUUUUUAAGUGAUCUACUUUACUCACCAAGACGAUUAGAUGAUUAUGGUACUUUGAUAUGUUCUGCUCGUAAUAAAAUCGGAAUCAUUAAUAAUCCAUGUCAAUUUAUCGUAAUGCCUGCAGGUCGCCCUGAGCGUAUGACUGAGUGUCUUGUCAGUAAUCAAACUGGCGAAUCAUUGACAGUCUCAUGUACCCCUGGACAUAAUGGUGGACUCAAUCAAACAUUUUACUUACAAGUUUAUGACUAUCGCAGGGAAAAGCUGCUCUUUAAUUUGACUUCAAUUUAUGCACCAAAUUUUCUUGUCAACGGACUAACGGCUGGAUCAAAUUACAUAUUCGAUGUGUACUCGUCCAAUCCUAGAGGUUCUUCUAAUACAACUACACUUGUUGCUCAAACGCUUCCCAUUCAAAAGCACAAACUUGGAACAGCCGAUAAUUUAACUGAGAAAAAAUUGGAUCCCUAUCUUGUCGUGUUCUCAGCGCUCAUCUUAACAAUUACCUUGGUGGCCAUUAUUAUUAUACUGAUAAUAAGAAUUCGUAAUCAUGAAGAUAAAGUUGACCCUAAAAAGAAGCUUAAAACUAUUGAACCAACUAAAAAGCUCGACAAUCAAGGACCCGAUGUUAUUAAUUCAACUCGUUACAAUAAAUUCACCAUAUCGACUCAAUCCUCUAAUUUACGAGACCCUAAUUUUUCAGUUGGAUCGGUCAGUUCGGAAGAGCCAAACAUCGAUGCAACUACGAAUACAAUAGUUAGUGAUAAUAUUAAAGGUGAACAUUUUGUUCAUCAAAAACAUUACACAAGUAAUAAUAUGAUAAACAAUCACAAAACAAUCAAUUGUAGAUACGAUAAGAAAUUCAAUGAAAAUGCAUUAACGUUCACCUCACUCAAUAAUAUCAACAAUUCAAAUGUUAAAGGUGAAAUUUUAACAGCUAAUUAUCCAAAUGAAUUCAAUGAUAUAACGGUGAUCAAAGGCGAUCAUGUUGAUGAAUCAAUGUCAUUGAACAGUGAUUAUCAAAUAUCUGCCACAGAUGAGGCCAACAAGUGCAUUGUACAAUACAUACCAUUUGACGAAAGUCUUAAUAGAACAUUGGAAGCUAUAUCAAAGUUGAAAUUAGAACCAAAUUAUCCUGCAAAAAGAGCGAUACAAAAGGAAUACUCUGAAAAUGAUGAUGAAUAUACUUUUUCAACGCCUGUUUGAUGAAUUACUAUCACUGUUCAUAAUUACUAUUAUGUUGUGCUCUCGACAGACAAUUUACAUUUUAGCUCAAAUUAACAAUCCAAAGUGCUUGACCCAACGACCAUAUACACAUUUUGUCGAUCAACAACUCAAAAAUUAUACAUUGAUACUGUUUUGACCUAUCAUCAACUAUUAUUUUCAAUUUAUUUUAUAUUAAAAUUAAACAAUUGUAAAGAGAUAGC